UCUAUCUAUUGUAGUGUUUUGUUGUUGUUGUUUAUGACAUGCAUGCGUAACAAUGUUGUUUUUGGAAAGUGGGACGGAGCCGGAGAAAGCUCACCUAAACUCUACUGGGAGAACAUGCAAACUCCACACGGAAAGCCCGUAGCCCGGAUUCAAACCUGGAACCUCAGAACUGUGAGGCAAACGUUCUAACCUCUCGUCCAGCACUUCACCGAAGAGCAGCCACCAUGUCUAAAGUGGUCACUAACAAGGAGAAGAAAUCCUUCAGCAAGAAGCUGUUCCGGAGGAGCUCGGUCCGCUCGGUGGGCAGCUUCAUGAACAGAGUUCUCCGGACUCUCUCCACUUUGUCUCAUUUUAGUACGGACGAGCAGGCGGCCCGCGACGACAAGGACGACGCCUCGUUGAUCCCCACCACCACAGGUGGCUCGCUCCAGUCGGACGACAGCGACUGCGGGGGGUUCCCCUUCGGCGACAAGGUUCCGGGCGUGGCCGGGCUGAAGAACCACGGCAACACCUGCUUCAUGAACGCCAUCCUGCAGUGCCUAAGCAACACCGAGCUCUUUGCAGAGUACCUGGCCCUGGAGCAGUUCCGGGGCGAGGGAGGAGGUGCAGGACCCGAGGCCGGCGGUGGCGCCGAUACCAAGGCGACUAAGUCCAACGGGGUGCAGAAGAAGUCCAGCCAGCAGCAGCGGGAGGAAUCCGGGGAGGUGACCGAGCAGCUGUCCGGCCUGGUUCGAGCGCUGUGGACCUUUGAGUACACGCCCCAACACAGCAGAGAUUUUAAGAACGUGGUGUCAAAGAGCGCCCUUCAGUUCAAGGGCAACUCCCAACACGACGCCCAGGAAUUCCUCCUGUGGCUGCUGGAUCGAGUUCACGAGGACCUCAACAACAUCAUCCGUCCUGACGUCAGGCCCCCCAGGACGCCUCCAGCGGAGAACGAAAACACUCCAGGAGAAUCUGCCCUUCCGGUGCCUGGCUCUUUUGUGCAAGAGCUUUUCCAGGCACAAUACAGAUCCUCCCUGACUUGCCCUCACUGCCAGAAACAGAGCAACACCUUUGAUCCUUUUCUCUGCAUCUCACUGCCAAUCCCUGUACCUCACACGCGGCCCUUGUACGUGACGGUGGUGUACCAGGGCAAGUGCUCCCACUGUAUGAGGGUCGGGGUGGCCGUGCCUCUGUCGGGCACCGUGUCCAGGCUCAGACAAGCCGUGGCCCAGGAGACUAAAAUCCCGGCGCAGCAGAUCGUCCUCACCGAGAUGUACUACGACGGCUUCCAUCGCUCCUUCUGCGAUGACGACGACGACCUGGAGAUCAUUCAGGAGAGCGAUUCUAUUUUUGCCUUCGAGACGCCCGAGCUCUUCAGGCCCGAUCAGAUCCGCUCCAAGCGAGCCGGUACGAUGAGCCCGUUAUCGCCCCGAUACCGAUCCCCGAUUUUUUAUUCAUUUGACUGCAAUACAGGGAGUCCACAUGCCAAUCUCAACCAGAACAACUUGAAAUUCGGCACGGAUAACAAUCGGUUGUCCCCGCAAAUCCAGGAGGCCGGCACGCCGCCUCUCAGCCCCAAUAAGAACACGGGGCAGGACGAGAAGGUGGUGCUGUUGGUGUGCAACCGAGCCUGCGCCGGUCAGCAAGGACGCAGGUUUGGGAAUCCUUUUAUUCUCUACCUGGAGCGUACUGUCACAUGGGAUGUACUCCAGAAGGAAAUUCUGGAGAAGAUGCAUCAUCUCUUGCGCCCGGGCGCCGUCGUGCAGGUGGGGCCCUUCACGUUACGUGUGGUGGGCGUCGUCGGGAUCACGUAUCUCCUGCCUCAGGAGGAGCAACCGCUCUGCCAUCCUUCUGUGGAGAGAGCUUACAAAUCCUGCGGCCCGGGUGGGCCACCUCACGUCAAAAUUGUUGUGGAAUGGGACAAGGAGACAAAAGAUUAUCUGUUUAAAAGAACAGAGGACGAAUACAUCCCCGAUGCUGAGAGUGUUCGUCAAGCGAAGGAGCAGCACUUGCAGCCUCAGAGCUGCUCGCUGGCUCAGUGCUUCCAGCUCUACACCAAAGAGGAGCAGCUGGCUCCUGACGACGCCUGGCGCUGUCCACACUGUAAGCAGCUUCAGCAAGGCAGCAUCAAGCUCAGUUUGUGGACGCUGCCCGACAUCCUCAUUCUUCACCUCAAACGCUUUCGACAGGACGGGGAUCGGCGGAUGAAAAUGCAGAACAUGGUCAAGUUCCCGCUAACGGGUAUGGACAUGGCGCCGCACAUGGUGAAGAGGAGCCAGAGUAGCUGGAGUCUACCCUCGCACUGGUCGCCAUGGAGACGGCCUUACGGCUUGGGUCGGGAUCCCGAGGAUUAUCUUUACGAUCUGUACGCCGUCUGCAACCAUCAUGGGACCAUGCAGGGAGGACAUUACACAGCUCAGUGCAAGAACUCCAUUGACGGGCAGUGGUAUUGCUUCGACGAUAGCGACGUUCAUCCGAUAUCAGAAGAGGACGUCUGCAAGCAGACAGCUUACAUUUUGUUUUAUCAGAGACGGGCCACCAUCCCGUCUUGGUCUGCCAACAGUUCUGUGGGAGGAUCGACCAGUUCUUCCCUGUGUGAGCAUUGGAUCGGUCGUCUGAUGGGAAGCCGUCCACCGAGCCAAGCCUCGUCGGGUUCCUCCAGACGAACCUCGCUGGCCUCCCUCUCGGAAUCGGCCGAGUUUGCCGGCGAACGGAGCGAGGAUGACGGCCUAUCGAGCCGCCCCGUGGUGAGAGGCAUGCAAAGGCAGACCUUCUCCUCCAGAACGUCCAUCGCCAGUCCGCUCGUGCUCAGUGAGAACGGCCAGAAGCCUUCCUGGUGCUCUGCUAAACUUCAACUCCGUUCUAACUCCCCCUCCCGCUUCUCCCUGGAAUCCCACUCCUCUUCCCCGACGCUCGAAAUGAUAGGGGAGGUUGUCGAUACCAAUCUGUCGACGUCCUGCUUCAACGGUUCGCCAAAGCUCGGGGGUAAGUCCGCUCUCGCGGCGUCGGAUCACAAUCCCGGCAGUAAGCGGCUGAUAGAACAGCUUCACCCCAAAGCUGCGUCACAGGCCGAGCCGAGGAUCUCCUCGCAGGCCGGGGAUAACAACAAUCUCGUCAGCGGCGCCGAACAAAUCAGUCCUCGACACGGGAGCACCGACAAGGAACAGAAACAAAGAAGUUUGGCCACAGGUGGCAAACGGAGCUCGGCAAAAACUGGAGUGGAAAGCGAAAGGAGCCCCAAGAAGCGUCCCGCCGCUUCUUCGACGUCAUCCAGCUCGUUGUCUCCGGCGUCGCCUGCUGUCGUUAAGUCGCCGGCUCGAGCGCAGUCGAACGUUGCCGCGUCCAAUCCGAAGGACAAAACCGAUGGACCACCCAAAGUCAGUCGAGCCGGAUCCUCCAGAACAGCGACGCCUUCCAAAAGAGGCCCAGCCCAAACUCAAGAGGGGUUGCAUCCUGACUCCGCCCUACAGAGGCGGAGCGCUUCCCCGGGAAGUUCGCACCCUCAGAGAAGGACGGCCCCCAAAGGAGGCGGAGAUAAAAGCUCCGCCUCAGGAAGGACUAAAGGAGCCGACAGGAGCGCCAGCCGGGAUUCUUCACGCGCCAACGCCGUGUCAGAGAAGAAGAUUAGCAACGGGGGUCCCUCGUCCAGGUCCGGUGCCGCUAAUCGAGGGGAGGGCAGGCCGGGUCGAGCCCUGGAGAACAGGACGGUGGCCCGAAGCUCAAGCAGUAGCUCCUCCAUGGCUAGUCUGCGAUCCUCCAGUGUCGUCCCCCCGUCGGCCGCCGUGUCCUCAAAAGCCCUUCGAAGGAACAGUAAGACCGAGGAAAAAGCUUUGUCCUUCUUCAAAACUGCCCUGCGGCCCAAAGACACCCGCAAGUCAACAGACGGCGGGAAAGCCACAGACCCCAAAGGAAGUCUGGAAGACGGUGGCGGAGAUGCAGCCACCAGGAAAGCCCAAAACGCGGCUUCGGAAGGCGCCGCGGCUAAGGACAAGGAAUCGUCCAAAGGUUCCGCUGCGGCCAAACAUUCCCUCCUGCCCUCCUCUAAAUCCAAACUCUCGGAAACCACCAACCAGGCUUCUUCUGCAAAAGAACCUGCAAAGAAAGAACCUGUGAAAAAGACCAUGGCGUCCAGGAAAAUCCCCAUCAACUCCACUCAGUCAAGCCAGAGGUCCAAAUAAAAACCAUCAUCUUACUCUCCUUUUCUCGUGCAGCUCCAAAUGGACAUUUUUAGCCUUUGAGUGGUUUCCAGCUGCCAUUCUCGUCCACUUUUUUUGUCCUCGACUUAUUUAGGAAUGGGUUUUACCAAAGCACUUUGUACGGUCGUGAUGAUUUCCAGGAACUGUACUGUACUGUACAUACAUAAGCAUGGGUCGCUCAUUUAGCCAAACGAUUGCCUGGUCGUGUCCGUUAGCUUAGCCGGCCGGUCUUUUAAGCCUGGUUUCAAAUU